AUAUCAUUUCGACUGUAAAAUGUAAAUUUCUCUCGAGAAAUGUAGAUCGACAGGCUGAGAUUUUUUUAGCCGGUAAUGAUAAACUCACGUCUGGCUGGCUGGCUGGCGCCAUCUCAUAAUGCUCCUCCCUCCCAAAAGGGAAGGUCACCAUCUCGGAGAAAAAUAAGGCCGGGAAGUGACAUGCCAGAUGAAGCAUGUAUAGCUAGCGGCACCUCAUGAGCCACGCUACAAAGCCUUGGGACUUGAGCCACCCCGGCCCCUUCAAAUCAAAUCGCUCCAAUAAGCAAGCCGGGCUACCGGUAGUAGCUCCACACUGCCACUCACUGCGCGACACCGCUCCUUCCAUCGCCGGUAGCAGCAGCCACCACCACCACUUCAAGUGCAAGGCCUCUCACACCCUCUCUCAGUCAUCAGCUCCUCAUCACUCUGCUUCUUGCAGUCUCGGCACCUGCAUCGGCUUCGCCGCUCAUUCCCACAUCCCGAUCAAUCCCCAAGCAAGGAAGAUGAAGAUUUUCAGCUGGAUGGCGAACAAGAUCAGCGGGAAGCAGGAAGCGAGCCGCUUCCCGGCCAGUUCCUCGGGCCCUUCUCGUUCUAACAUGCCGGAUUGUCGCAACGACGAGUUCAGCGAUUGGCCCCAAUCAUUGCUUGCCAUUGGGACAUUUGGAAAUAAGCAGAUAGAGGAGGUAGCACAAGUGCAGGACACUUCCGAGGAUGGGCAGUCCAUGCAAGAUGCCAUCAAGUUUACAGAGGAGGAAGUAGACAGGAUACAGAAAGAGUUUGCAAUGAUACUAGCAAGCAAAGACCAAGCAGAAGCCCAUGACUCGCACGAUGAUGAGCAGGUAACUUCACACAAAGAAGUCGAUGAGAGCAUAAAUGAGAAGCACAGGGACCAACUGCUGAACAAGAUGGUCGUCAUAAGUAAGGCAAAAGAUUCACUGGGGAAGAAAGCAAGUACACUUAAGCCGAGGUCGGUUGCUUCGCUCUUCAAACUACUCAUGCGCAAAGGUGGCUUUGCCUCUGCUAUUCCAGAUCCAAGGAGCUCUUUCCCUCAAUCAAGAAUGGAAAAGCUGCUCAAGGCAAUACUUCAGAAGAAAAUACACCCGCAAAAUUCUUCGACGCUCGUACCUAGGAGACAUUUGGACUGGAAGCCGGAUGAGCAAGAGAUCAAUGAAUGCCUCGAGGAUGCACUCCGUGAUCUAGACGACGAUGGCGCAAAAUGGGUCAAAACUGAUUCAGACUUUAUUGUGCUAGAAAUGUAAACAUGGGUGAAUACAUUUGUUCAUUGAGGCAGGUUCCAAAGAUCUUGGCAAGCUAGGGAUCCGCGGUGUUAUGAUAUAUAUAGAGGUGUGGGAUAUAGUCAUCAAUGAAGCUACGAAUUAUGAUGCAAUGCCCCUCUGUUUCUCACAUAAAUCAUUUGUAAUUGGGUUACUGGGAUUAUGAUAAGGAACUACUGGGACAAGCCAUACCUCAUGUCCGUGUUUUUCUCUAGCCCUUCAGACUGUACAUUACAAGGUCUUUUACUAUUCACAUGAACAAUGAUGAUGGAUGUUUCUGUCCUCCUUAAAUGAAUUCAAUUAUGAUA